AUGGACCACAUCGAUCAGCAAUAUGAUGAACUACUAAAGUUGUCCGAGGCUCGCCGCGCCCAUCUCGAGGACGCGAUCAAACUCUAUAGCUUCUUCGCCGAGUGCGAUGAUUUCGACAAGUGGAUCAAGAAGGAAAAGAUGCUGCGCUCUGACGACCCUGAGGAUAGCGUGGACAAGGCCAAGAGGAAGUAUGAGAAACUGGUGACGGACCUGUCGGCCGCAUCGAAGCGGCUGGAGCGCAUCGACGCUGCUGCUGAGGAGUUGGCAGCAGCGAAGCACGGGCAAGCAGCGGGAGCUGCUGCGCGUCGCCAACAGCUGCGCCAGCAGUGGGAGCGCCUGCUGCAACUCAAGCACCAGACUGAGACACACCUGGAGGGCGCCUCCAGCGUGGAGCUGUUCCAACGCACUUGCGACGAGGCGCUGGACUGGAUGGCAGAGAAGGAGCAGCAGCUGGCAGGCGUGGCCGCGCCCGCCACGGACCUGCGCACGGUGCGCGCGCUGCAGCGCCGCCACGCGCAGCUGGAGCGCGCGCUGGAGCCGCUGCGCGACAAGGUCAACACCGUCGCGUUGCUCGCCGACUCCGUGAAGUCCCAGUAUCCGAGCGAGCGUGGCAACGUGGUGUCCAGGCAGCAGCAGAUAGAGAAGGCGUGGCAGCGCUGCCAGGCGCAAGCAGCUGAACGUCGCAGUCGCCUGGAGAGCGCCGUCGGGCACCAGGUGUUCGGCAGCAGCAGCGCCCAGCUGCAGGACUGGCUGCAGAAAGUACGUGAGCAGCUCUCCCAGGAGGUGAGCGCGAAGGACGUGGCCACCGCCGAGGCACUCCACAAGCAACACAAAGAACUACGAGAUGACAUCAAGGCCCAUGACGACGAAAUGGAAGGAGAAGGACGCGUUCCUGAAGCAGUGCGUUCAGCUGCAGAGCUUCAACCGCGAGGCGGACCAGAUCGACGCCUCCAGCGGGGCCCACGAGGCGUUCCUCGAGUAUAA